AUGUCACAUGAACAGCUUCACCUGCUCCUCGCUCCAGUCCCAGAAUGCCUCGCCGCCACCGCCACCUCCCUCGGACUUGGGCUGGGCAUUAUGGAGAAUCGUGACGUCUGGCGACAGACCGGCAAACAGCUCCGUGUAGGCGCCGUAGACGGAAGGGUACAGCAUGAAGCGGACAAAGGCCUUCAUGACGAGCGUAUGCAAAAGGCCAGCCUUGUUGUCAGAGUUGCGGUAGAGGUCGGAAUCGAGGUUGCCGGGGUUGGCGGCGAUACUAACGAUGCCGUCGACACGGUGCCGGCGAGCAAACUCGGUGCUAUGCAGAUAGUUUCCUGCCUUGCUGGCAGCGUACUUUGCAAGAAAGAUGGGUGA